CUAGCUCCGCACGUCAUGCGGCGUCAGUCUCACUUGAAGUUGGCUUCUGCUAUCGCUACAAAUGCUAUGAAUGUACGAACAAAACGUCGAGAAUCACUGGGCCGAAAAUGGCAACUCUGUUUCAGUUUGUAAAGCAAUUUGGGAAAAAUCUGAUUUUCUCGGAAUCUAAUAGAAGCAUAUCACUGUCCGCAACCACACAUUUAAAACAAAUAAUUAAGAAGAAAGAAGAUAAUGUCUUAACUAUCGAAGCUAUAAGAGUGCCACACAAGAAGGAGCAUUUAUUAUUAAAAUUGGAGUCCAAUGCGUGUCCCCUUUGCGCUACGGGACUUGACGUUAAACAUACUGAUGUUCUUAUUCUAAAUCAAUUCUUACGAAAAAAUGGAACCAUACUGCCACGUAGAAUAACUGGUCUGUGUACAAUGCAACAGAAUAGAGUUACCACUUUGGUGACUAUGGCCAAAAGAUCAGGCUUGUUACCAAACAGAAUUCCAAAACGGAUUAUGGCUAUAGAAAAAUGGAGAAAAUAUAACACAUAUUACGAUGAGAAUACCAUACGAUAUAAAUAUAAACGAUAAGAAAUGU